AUGAAAAAUCCUUCACGUCAAUUUCCCUUCAACAAAUCCAGAAACCACUACCACAUCACCAUCACCAUCAUCAUCACUAAUUCACAAGCUUUAAUCUUCAUAAAUGAUUCCAGGACGAUGAUGGCAAACAUGCCAAUCAUAACAAUCCUCUUCUCCCUGUCCUGGGUCGUGGGUAUGGUGAUAUUUGCCGCUUACGCCGACUGCGAUCCCUACCAAUCAGGAUACAUCUCAAAGUUUGACGAAAUAGUCCCCUUCUACGUCGAAGACAAGCUGACCUACCUUCCAGGCCUGUUAGGUCUGGUGAUGGCGACACUUUUCAACGGUGCUUUGACGAUAGCCGUAUCCAAUCUGAACUCCUUGGCCACAGUCACUUUCGAGGACUUCCUGAGCCAAAUUCCCGCCCUGAGCAACCUGAAAGACCAACAGCAGUUGAGGAUCAUCAAAUUGGUGGGAGUUAUCUACGGAAUCCUGAUAGUAGGCGCCAGUUUCCUAGUCGCCAUGUUGUCAGGUGUGAUAGAGUCCUCCAUGUUGAUGACUUCGGCAACAUCUGGACCUCUGCUGGGUGUCUUUGUCUUGGCAAUGUUGGUCCCUUGUGCAAAUUGGAAGGGAGCGGCAACAGGUGUAAUUUUAAGCCAUCUGAUGUCCCUUUGGUUAACCUUCGGCCAUCUAUCGGUCACUGAUGAAACUGAAACUCUUCCUCUGUCAGUAGCUGGCUGCACAAACGACUCCUUUUCUUCACACCUACGCAGACCACUGACAAAUAUUCCCAUAGAUGUGACUCCUGUGAGUCUUGACUUAGCUAUAUCAGCUAGUCAACCUACUAGCUCCAGUUCCCUUGGAAGCAGCUCUGGCCCACUGGACGUAAUUUACAGUAUCACCUAUAUGUACUACGCACUCAUCGGCAGCAUGACCACUAUAAUUGUUGGGACUAUCGUCAGUCUUCUGACCGCAAAUGAGAAAGAGGACGCUUACGAAGAGCACCUUCUGCAUCCGUUUGCGCUCAAGCUGUCAAAACUGAUGCCAGGAAAACCAAGGUUGUUCGCAGAAUCGCGCAGGCUCGGGGACAAUGAUACUGAAGCUAGCAAUCCAGCGUACCAUGGCUCUAUGACUUCUGUUGAUGAUACUGAUGAAGAGGUCAACAAGUUCAAACUGAAUUUGAACAGCAGCGGUGUUGCUGAUCCAGGGAAACUGGAACAGAAUACUGUUGCCUACAUGCGAAAGCUUGAUGCACUAAAAGAAGUGUCCCUUGAAGUCACUAAUGAAGUUGGUAAAGGCACUAAACUAUGA